AUGGCCGACGUCCCUCUACUGGUCAUCUCGGAGUACGCUGCUUCCGAGCGGCGCAUCACCCCUUCGUGGACAAUCUUCCAGCUCAAGACCAAACUCGAGCCUGUCACAGGCAUCCCUCCCUCGUGCCAGAUUCUCAGUCUCAAGACGUCAGCCGGCUCGGAAAAAAUCCCCCUCGACGCAGCAGAUGAGGACGCGGUCCGGUUGUCCAGCUUUCCCCUGGCUCCGUAUGCAGAGCUGCAUGUUGUUGACACCCGCCCACCAACAGCCAGGCCCAACUUCACCGAUACUUCAGGCGUGGAUAAGUAUGUGAUGCCCGAUGAGGAGUACGAGAAGAAGACAGAUUCCGUGCUAGCCUGGAAGAAGACGGAGAAGCUUGGCCGAUUUGACCCUACAGCGCCAAGCCGCGAGGAGGCUAGGGUGGCUGGCCUCAAGGAAGAAAUUGCCCAGCGUGGCAUUGAAGUUGGCAAGAGAUGCCGCGUCGGUGGAGAGGACACUCGUCGAGGUGAGGUCAAGUACGUUGGUGACGUUGAAGAGAUUCCCAACGGUGCUGGACCGUGGGUGGGGGUUCAUCUGGAUGAGCCUGUGGGGAAGAAUGACGGCAGCAUCUCAGGCAAGCGUUACUGGGGACAACCCUCAGAGCUAAAGCAUGGAGUCUUUGUGAGGCCAGAGAGGGUGGAGAUUGGAGAUUACCCGGCUCUCGACGACCUGGAGGAUAUGGAAGAGAUCUAA